AGCAUUUGGUAUAAAUAAGAAAAGGUAUAUAAAUAUAUAUUAUCAUUUUAAAAAUAUAUUGAUAAUUUAAUCAAGAGUUAUCCCAUUGUGUUUGAAAUAACCUAAAAAAUCUAAUUUGUGUAAAAUAGUUGAAAUACUAAUUUGAAAAGUUAUAUAAAAAUUAUUUAAUCAUGAUUACCUUUCAAACAAUGUCUUCUGAGACAUACAAAGUAAAUCAUGAAAAGUUCAUCAUUUAUUAUGAUUUUUAUGAUGCACCUUUUGGAAGAUGUAUCAUAGGUUUAACCGAUACCGAUAAAGCUAUACUGCAUUUUACAUUUGUCGUUAAAGAUGACGCAGAUGCAGUGAAAGAUUUAGAAAAUGAAUGGCCUUUGUCGCAAAUAGUACAAGAUUCUACUGAAAUGAUAAGCAAUAUUAUGAAAGAUAUAUUUACUUUAAAAUGCGAUGAGAAGGAUACUAAAUCGAUUUUGGUACUUUUAAAAGGAACAGCCUUUCAAAUAGAAGUUUGGAAAGCUUUGGUUUCUAUACCAAUAGGUAAAACGGCAUCUUAUGAAGAAGUCGCACACAUGAUAAACAAUCCUAAAGCUGUAAGAGCGGUUGCAAAUGCUAUUGGAAAAAAUCGAGUGGUAUAUUUAAUACCAUGUCAUCGUGUUAUGGGAAAAAAUGGUAGCAAUAAAUAUAGUUGUGGAUUGAAAUACAAGCAAAGUAUUUUGUCAUACGAAAGUAAACUGCUUUAAUAUUUUUAUCGAUCAACCUGAUGAAUUUAAACUACCUCUACUUAUUUAUUUAGUUUUUUAUAUAUCUUCUUUUUAAAUUACUUAUUUUAAUGAAAAUUUAAAA